GUCAGUGUGCUGCAGACAUGGACCUGCGCUCCGAGCUGCUCAAGUCCAUCUGGUACGGCUUCACGGCCCUGGACCUGGAGAAGAGCGGGAAGGUGUCCAAGUCUCAGCUGAAGGUUCUCUCCCACAACCUGUGUACGGUGCUGAGUAUCCCUCAUGACCCCGUGGCUCUGGAGGAGCACUUCAGGGAUGAUGACGACGGUCCAGUGUCCAGUCAAGGCUACAUGCCUUACCUCAACAAAUACAUCCUGGACAAGGUUAUCGAAGGCUCGUUUAUCAAAGAAAACGUAGACGAGCUGUGUUGGACGCUCACUGCCAAGAAAAACUACCAGACGGACAAAAACAGCAGCACCGUUUUACCAGAGAAAGAUGCUUUUCGGCUUUGGUGUCUUUUUAAUUUCCUCUCUGAAGACAAGUACCCUCUGGUGAUGGUGCCUGACGAGGUGGAGUACCUGCUGAAGAAGGUCUGCAUGGCCAUGAGCAUCGAGUUCAAUGGCGUGGAGCUGGAGGACUUCUUCUCGCAGGACGCCGUGCAGCAGAGCGGCAUCACCGUCUGGGUGUUCCUGGAGAUGAUGAACUCGGGGAAGAUAUCCAGAGGGAUCGAUAAGAGCAUCGUCAGCAUGGCCAUAGAGGAGGUGUACCGGGAGAUCGUUGGUGACGUCCUCAAAGAGGGUUAUCUGUGGAAGAAAGGCCAGCUGAGGAGAAACUGGAAGGAACGCUGGUUCACUUUAAGGCCGAGCAACUUGUCCUACUACACCGGAGAGGACCGCAAGGACUGCCAGGGGAACAUCGCUCUGGACGGGAACUGCUGCGUGGAGGAAGUAGACGAUCAAAUAUUGUUUGGUCGCUCAAAAUGGAUCAAAAACGUCAUUUCCCCUGUGCUCCCGGAUCGGGAUGGGAAGAGGUGCAUGUUUUGUCUGAAAACUCUCUCCAAGACUUACGAGAUGAGCGCCUCAGACACCAAACAGAGACAGGAGUGGACCACAGCCAUCCAGACGGCCAUCAGGCUGCACGUGGAGGGCAAGACGUCCCUCCACAAAGACCUGAAGCUGAAGCGGCGUGAGCAACGCGAGCAGCGGGAGAAGCGGCGGCAGGCCAAGGAGGAGGAGCUGCAGAGGCUGCGGGCCCUGCAGGAGGAGCGGGAGCGUAAGCUGGCGGAGCUGGAUCUCCUGAAGGAGGCGCAGAAGCAGGCUCAGGCCCUCCUGGAGCAGGACGAGCAGAGGAGGAGGCAGCAGCACGAGCAGCUCCAGCAGGCCCUGGAGGUCCAGCUGAAAGAGGCCGAGGAGGCUCGGGUCAGCAUGCAGGCGGAGAUGGUUCUGAAGGAGGAGGAGGCGGAGCGGCAGAGAAAGAGGAUCAAGGAGCUGGAGGAGAUGCAGAAGCGUCUAGAGGAGGCGCUGCAGCAGGAGAUCAAGGCCCGGCUGGACGAGGAGGCCUUCCGCUACGCUCAGGCUGGGCUGCUGGCUGAGGAGGAGGAGAAGAUGAAGGCCCUGAUGAGCCUGCAGGAGGAGCAGGAGGAGUACAUCCUGAAGACUCAGAGGGAGAAACAGGAGCUCAAACAGGAAAUGGAGGCCAAGACGCGUUCGUUAGAGGAGGCGCAGCAUCAGCUGGAGGAGGUCCGCGCCAACCGGCACCGCGUCGACCAGGACGUGGUGGCCGCUCAGAGGAAACUCCGCCAGGCGAGCACCAACGUCAAACACUGGAACGUCCAGAUGAACCGCCUGAUGAGGCCGAUUGGACCAGGAGAGAAGAGACCGUCGUUGGGGAGCUCCUUCUCCAGCUUCCAGAUCCCGACGCAGAGAGACCCCGGGCUGCGUCUCAGAAGGAGAUCCGGAUCAGAGGACCAGGACGAGGAGAGCAAGGAGAACGUGGACACCAGAGCCGGCUGUGAUCUAGAGAAACGUCACUCCCACGCCUCCAACGGAGACAUGGACAUCCCCUGAAAAACCUGAGUCAGAGCGGCUGAGUCGGUCCAUCUGGUCAGUCUGUGAGGGGGACCAGCAGUACUACCAUUUCUGUUAAAUGUUGCAUUCACUGACCUCAUUUCACAAACAGAAACAGUUUAAAACAUUUUAAUGAUGCAGAAUCAACUAAUGCUUUGCCUGAGUGAGGCCUGUUCUGGACAUAAACGAUACCUCAGAGCACAGGAAGAGAUGCUGAAAGGCUCAAACUUACACACAAUGCAAGAAGCUCAUUAAUGUAAUAUCAACACAUAACAAGGUGUCAUUUAACAGAUUUGUGUCUGUGGGGCGGAGGGGGGCUUGACUUUUAUUGUUUUUUUACAUAAGAAGCUGAAUCAGUAUUAGAGUUUUGUGCAGAGAGUCACUCCUGACGAACAGGAAAGAGAGAGUGAGCUGAACUUCCUGUUCCUUCUGUCAGUUAUUGUAAAUAAUAAAGAGUGGAUGGAUUUCUGCCUGUAUGUUAAAUUAUGUGGAGCAUGCAAUUCAAAGAAGUUGUAAUCUUCAGUUUUAAUAAAAUCUCACUUGAUACUUUAA